AUGAAUUUAUUGAAUAUUGUUAAACAUAUUCUUCACUUGACUGAAAAUGAAUAUGAUUCAGAAAAUUCUCCAACAACAACGGAUGAAAUUUUUGCUGCAGAACGGUUAUUCGAAGUUUUAAAAUCUAUAAAUGUCAGCUACUUCACUGAACUCGAUCACUGUUCAUUUCAACAAGAAUAUAUUCCACCAAGAACUCUUUCUUGUACUGGUGAAAGAACAACUGAAGUAGUUGUUAAAAAGAAAUAUAAUAUCACACAUUCUUAUACAAUUCAACCGGUAACAUCAGCUAACGGUCUUUUAUUAGCCAAGUUUUUACUUAUACUUCAAGAAAAAGAAAACACACUAGGUAAAAGAGUACAAAAAAAUUUAAUAAUACCACCAAAUGUUGUAGUAAGAGCUUCAAAAUCAGGAAAAAGCAAUGACGAAAAUCAUCAUGUCUUUUUAAAUGAAGUUCUACGUCCAUUUGUUGAUAAAAAAUUUCUUCUUUUCCUUGAUGCUUGGAAAACUCAAGCUGAUCUAACAAAAUUUAGAGCAGUAUUUCCUCAUCAAGACAGUCAAUUAUUGAUUUUCCCUGAAGGAUCGACCGGUUAUAUUCAACCAGAGGACCUUCCCUUAUUUCGAUCAUGGCGAUUUAUUCAUGAAAAAAUCGCACAUUAUACUCAUAUUAACCGAGCAGAAACAACUAUAAGUGAUCGUCAAUAUUUUAUCAACAUACAUUCUGUUAUUCAUAAUCAAUUAUCAGCUCCACCAUUUAAAAAUCUCAUUAAGAGUGGAUUCAUACAAGCUCAAAUAACAAAUGAAACAAUUGGACAGAUUGAAAAACCAAAAGACAUUUGUUUCAAGUAUUAUGAUCUGUAUUGUUCAAUUAUCAAUUGUAGUGAACGAACACUAUUAAUGUGCGCUUGGUGCAAAAAAGCUCUAUGCUACUAUCAUCUGAUUGAAGAUCUACAUCUGCACUUGUAGUACCUUUUCUGAAAUAUUAUAUUGUAUAAUAUAUUGUUAUCAAUUGAAAAAAAAACGAAGCUAUCUAUGAGUUAAAAAUUCUGAUAGCGGCUCACUGAUCUUUAUCUAUAUUAAUAUUACUUAAACUUCAGACGAUACUAAAAUUAAUGUGAUCUUAAUGCAAUUGAUAAAUUCCAGAAACAUUCUUACAGCUUACUAUUAAAAUACUCAUUUGAUUCCACAAAACUAAUAUAAAUAAUUAUAAUGUUUCUAUUAUAUGCUCAGAUUGCUAGAAUCGUAAAAAUCGAUUAUCUCCCUGUAGACAAACCAAGGGCCG